GUUUAAUUAUUGUUGUUACACUGAACUACUUUUAACGUGUUUGGAUCUUAAAGUAUUAAUUUUCUUGGAUUUUCCGAUUGAAAUAUUUUUUUUAAAGUACUAUGGUUUGCUAAUUAAAAUAUUAUUAUUUGAAUAAAACUUAAGUGUUAUCAUAAUUAAUAAUAUUUUUUCUUGUAACCAACAAUAGUUAACAUCUCAAACAGAUUGUUGUAAUUUAAUAAUCAAUUUUAACUGUAUUAACUUAAAAUGCCAAAACUUGAGAUUGGAAGCCGUGUUGAAUUGACUGGCAAAACUAUUCAAGGCAAUGUAGCAUUUAUUGGAACAACUCAUUUUGAAACUGGAACGUGGGUUGGAAUAAUUUUAGAUGAGCCCAAAGGGAAAAACAAUGGAGUUAUCAAAAAUCGUCAAGGUGUAUCCAAAACUUACUUUGAGUGUGAAGAAAACCAUGGUAUAUUUGUACGACAAUCUCAUCUUACUCUUAUUGAUGCAACAGGAGCACGUUUUGAUAUGUCUGCUAGUUCAGAAUCGUUGACCUCUAAAACUACAAUCAAAACUCGACUUAGUAGCUUGCGAAAAAAGGUUGAUGCAAAUGUCUCUAGGCAGUCGUUAGCUGGAAAUACUAGACUCAGUUCGGUUGGGUCAAAAAAUAAAGAUGAUACAUUCACCUCCCCGGUUUCUCGCACUUCUUCUCAAUCUUCAUUGGUUGGUACGAAUCGUACCCCUUCACAGCCAUCCAUACUUUACAAUCCUUCUCGCGCUCCACCUUCUCGUACUCCUUCACAACCGUCUAUGCCUGCACCAUCACGUACCUUAUCACAAACAUCUCUUGCUGGAACAGAUUCAACACCAAAGCGUUCAUCUUUUGUUGAGCGGUCACCAAGUAACGAAAAGACGAGUCGAUUGUCUAAACUAGUAACGCCAAAAAUGAAAUCAGUUGUUAAAACACCAAUGACCAAGUCAUUAACAUCGUUAAAAGAUGUUUCAAACUCUGAAACAGAAUUUGUCGAAGCUCUUAAACCACAUUACACUCCAGGUCAAUCUGUUACUCCAAGUUCCCUUUUAUCUACUCCCACACAGAGACCAUCUCCUGGUAUGGCUGAAGCUGCUGAAAUUCAAGGGUUGAAAGAACAAGUUCAAGAUUUGACUGAAAAGUUGGAUGUUGUUAAAACAAGACUUAAAGAAAAAACCCAUGAUAUUGAUAUGAUGAAACUUCAGUUAGAUCAAGCAACCGAGUUUAAAAGUAAAAUCAUGGAAUCGCAUUCAGCAUUAAAGAAAGAAUUGGAAAAAGUAAAACUAGAGAAACAAGAAGCCUUAGAAGGGAAAGACGAAUAUAAUGAAAUGGCUGAAACUUUGGAAAUGGCAACUCUUGAUAAAGAAAUGGCCGAAGUCAAAGCUGAAACUUUACAACUUGAAUUAGACCAAGCAAAAGAACGAAUUGAAGAGUUGACUGUAGAUUUAGAACUGUUGAAGGCAGAAUUAGAAAAAGGCGGUGGAAGUGAAUCUGAUGAUGGUGCUAAUUCUUUCAAAGUAAAACAACUCGAGCAACAGAAUUUACGUCUUCGCGACACACUUGUCAAACUCCGUGAUUUGUCGGCUCAUGAAAAACAUCAAACUCAAAAUUUGCAAAGAGAAAUUGAAGAAAAAACCAAACAAUGCACUGAUUUACAAAAGUCAAAUGAGAAAUUAACUGCUAGGGUUGAAGAACUUGUAUCGCAAGUUAAUGAUCUGCAUGAGCAGGUCGAUGCUGCACUUGGAGCUGAAGAAUUAGUAGAACUUUUAGGCCAACAAAAGUUGAAUUUAGAAGACAAAGUGGCCGAACUAGAAGAAGCAGUUGCUGAUCUUGAAGCUAUACAAGAUAUAAACGAUCAACUGCAAGAAGAUAGUAGAGAGUUAGAAAUGCAGUUACGGGAAGAAUUAGACUUGGCUAAUGCUAAUGUCCGGGAGAGUAUUAAAGAAAAAGAACGUGCUUUAGAGAGCUUGGCUGACCGAAGUUUAGUGAUUGUAAAGUUUAGAGAUUUAGUUAAUGAACUACGUGAACAAAAUCAAGAUUUACAAACUCAGUUGAUGAGGGAAUCUGCGUCUAAAGAUGAAGUUCGUUCGUCAAUACCAGAGAUGUUAGACUUCAAAAAAAUGUUUGCUGAAACUAAAGCUCAUAGCCGAGCAAUUGAUUUAGAACUUCGGAGGAUGGAAACUCAAGAAGCUCAGCAGCAUAUACAAUAUUUGUUAGCUUAUAUGCCAGACUCUUUUAUGGCUCUUGGUGGUGAUUAUGAUGCUAUACUGUCACUCUUAUUAUUACCUCGCAUGAUUUGGAAGAGUGAAAUAUUGAUGACACAUGUUCGAGAUAAAUAUCCCGAUGUCCAAGAUAUAACCAAAGAAACACUUAUGAAAGAUCAUUCUGCCGAACAAUUUUCUACUCGGUCUAGAUUGUCAUUUUACUUAUACAGUUUACAGACUGCUCUUCGGCAAUUUAUUCAUGGACUAAAUACAACAACUCCGGAAACUUUAAUAAAAGUUGGAGAGUCGUAUCCCGACAUGGUGAUUCAAGAGAAAGUUCUUAACGGUUAUAUAGAAAUGUUAAAAAUAGAUCAAUUAGACGAAAAUGUUAAUACUGAAAACCUGGAAAGAUGUGUAGCUUAUUUUAAGAAUGUCUACAUGCCACUUAUUCAAGAUUUUAACCCACAUUAUGAACAUUUGCUGUUGGAUAAUGUAUCAAUCUUAUCUGCAGCUUGUAAUACGAUUCAAACUGAUGCCAAUAUUAUAAAAAGCGUCAUACAAGAUGAUUCCACUUCUACUAUUUCUAAAUUUUGUGAAGACGUAUCAGUUGCUUGUGAAGUGAUAAAUCAACACUUAAAACAAAUCAAGAAACGUGCUGAUGUUAAUAGUUUUGUAAAAGUGGAUCUAAGUUCUUCUAUUCAAUAUGCAGAACAGCUGAUAUGUGUGUUAAGAGAAACUGCAAAAUGUGCAGUUAGCCAAAUUUCUUUGGCAACAGAUGACAAAAAAAUUAAUAGUGACAGUAUAAUGCAAGUAUUAAAUAGCUCAGUGGAAAAAUCAUUUGGAAAGGAAGAAGCUACCAAAGGAGUUACAAUAUGUUUAAAACUGUGUAUAGGGUCGAUUGCUGGUGAAAUUGCCAGUGCAGCACAAGCUGUCCAAGAAACAGAUUUGACGUUACCAACACCAGAUUGUUCUAAAGUUGUUCCGCCUGUUUCUAAGCGUGCCAGACAAGUGAAAAGUGAAUUGGAAGAAACAAAGACAUUAAGAAAUACAAUUAAAACUAAAGAAAAUGAUAUACUAGAAUUGAAAAUGGCCCUCAGGUCUAAACAAGAAGAAAUCGGAGAACUUAACGUCAGAAGGGAAUUGGCUGAAAAGAAAUUGUCAACAACUAUACAUGAGUCAGAGAUUUCAAUUGAAAAAUUACAAAGAAAACUUGAUGAAACUCAACAGCAGCUGAAAAGAAAAUCCAAAGAAUAUGAAGAAACAAUGGAUCAUCUACAGGCUGACAUUGAUUCGUUAGAAACCGAAAAAGGAGAACUUAAAAAUAAACUCAAAAACUUCAACAAGAAAAUGUUUAUUGAUGGUGUUAGUAAAUCUGCUUCUAUAACGGCUGUUGCAAAUGAUGUUAACAAAUCAUAUCAGGAGUCUCCAUUCUUGAUGAAUGAAUUAAAGUUGACAAAAAUGGCGUUAAAGCAUGAAAUUGACCAACGAUCAAAACUUGAAAACAAUUAUUGUGAACAAUUAUUUUCACAGCUGAAACCAUUACCUGUACCCGAUAAACGAUCAGAAGAAGAAAUAAGCCAAAUAAUAAAAUUGAAAAAAGAAGGAAAUGAUAUAUUAAAUGAUUUCCAAAAAACAUUAAAAAACAUAAGUGUUGUGGAUGUGACAAAACGAGUACCAGGAAGGAAAAUUAUGCCCGAAGAAAAUGUGUCUGUAAAACAAUCUAUAGACAAUUGUUUACAAUGGAAACAGUUAAAAAAUAGAUUAGAUAUAUUGCAAGAUAAUUAUAGUAAAGAAAUUAUUAAACAACAAAAGUAUGGAUGUAUAGAAACAGAUAUGACUACCUUCCCGACUCCAGCCCUUAAAAAGGCAUUAGAAGAAGAAGAACCUGUAUUAGCAGCUGAAUUUGUAAUACCAAAACCUUCAAAUUGGAGUGGUCCGUCAGAUAUUAAAAUGGAAAUUGAUCCAAAAAUGUUAGCUUCAUUACAAAUGAAAGUCAUAAAUGCUGCUCAAAUUCAUCCAUCUGUUCGAUAUAAUUGUGCAUAUACUACAGAAGAACUUCUUGGUGUCUGAAAUAAGUAAAUGAACAAGUAUUUUGUAUUACUAAAUAUAUUAAUUUUAUUGGAUUCCAAUACCUUUGUGAUAUACUAAUAAUUAUUAUUAAAUAUUUUGUGUUAAAUUAAACAUUUCAAGUUUGAUAAAAUUAAGUACAACAACAUGUAUAUU